ACGUGGUUAAUCGAGUGUUGGAUCUGUGUUUUUUGUAUCCCAUAAAUCCUUUAAAAAAACAGCCCAGAAAAUGUGGCAGCUGCAAUUGCUGCUUGUUGUAGUUUCCGCCUCCUUGGUUUUCGGAGGCUACAGUUCCUCCACCGAUGAGGCUGGCUCCACAGAUGCCUCCAAUUCGGUUGGUGGCUCCAAGUGUGAUAAAAAUCCCCUGAGUGAACUGACAUUCCAGCUGAGUGGCAGUAGCCUCCACUGGCCCUGUGAGUCCACCAAGAAUAUCUAUGUCCAGUCGGGGAGAUAUGUGCCCAGGAAUAUUAUAGUGACCCGUGCCCAACUGCAAAGGGAUUCGGCUUUUGUAGCCCUGCCCCGGUACAAACAGGGCGUACCCUUCACCCUCGGCAAGGUCAAUCUGAAGAAGGGCGAGUGUUUGACCAAGAUCGCCCCCUAUCCUUGCUGGGCCAUCCAGGAGGAGGGCAACUGCCAGGCCCUUCAAUCCGUCGUGGACAUAGCUGUCGAUCAGAAUGGACUUCUUUGGGCCUUGGAUGUGGGCAUUGUCAACACUUUGGAGCAGCCCAUCAGGAGAUGCAGCCCCAAGAUCGUGGCCAUAAACACGGCCAACAACAAGGUGGUCAAGAGCAUCGACCUCAGCGACCUAGUCACCUCCGAAAGUCGCCUGCAGUUCAUCGUGGUCGACUACUCCAAGGACAAUAAGCCAUUCGUCUAUGUGGCUGAUGCCGGAGCACGCAGCAUCCUGGUUUACGACAUCACGGGCAACAAGUCCUACCGCAUUGUCCUGCCAAAGGCGACCGCUCCCACAAGCGAUGUCCUGUACGUGGCCCUCACCUCCAAACCGGAUGGAACCUCCACCCUAUUCUUCAGCUACCUGAGCUCCCCACGUCUGUAUUCCAUUAAGGGUGAAUACUUAAGAGUGGGUCAGGGCGCCGGUUCCAUCAUCGAUGUGGGUCCCAAGCCCUAUGGAAAACAGGCUGUUCUCUUGGGAGCCGAUGGGGGAACCUCCCUGUUCUUCCGCUACAAGGGCGAAAAUGAUAUUUACCUGUGGGACUCGGAGACCUGCUUCAAAGCCGCCAAUCUGCAGGAGGUUCAGCGGGGUGGCGACUGCCGCCUGUCCACUCAGGUUCUGCCGGGUCACAAGCGCUUCAUGUGGGCACUGGAGAGCAACUUCCACGACUUCAUCUCGGAUCGAACGGGCUGCAAUGGAGCCUCCAUUGUCCUCCAUCCUGUUGUUAAGGAGUGCGACGAUUAAAUCGAGUUAGCCCUAAUUUUUUAUGCUUAAGAUUAUAAAGAAUUGUUGUCGUUAUUGGGUCUUAUUAAAAUUUGGUCAAUGUUUUAAAUUUUAAAA